CAUAGUCCUGCAUGUUGAGGGCCUGCCGGCAAAAGAGACGGUUCAAAACCCUCAGAGUGUCUGACUGGAAACUAGUUUCAGCCGGAUGAAAUACGAGUGAGGUUAAGGUUAUCGUUGUGGAACUAUCACUAGAAUACACUAGUUGGAUGGAGCAUCAAGCAUUGGUGCAGCGGACAAAGUCAUAGACGGAAAGUGGCAAUCAAGUUACUUGAACUCAGCUUCUCGGGCAAGAAAGUGUUCCUCAACGCCCCAAUAAUAUUUCAAGACAAUCCAAGGCAUAGAACACGGCAACAUAUUCUCUUGACGACAACUGCUGGAGUGAUUACAAUCUCCCUGAAGGGAAGGAAACGAAAUCGAAUCAAAAAGCAUGGCAUCCAUAAAACUGGAUCAAGAAAGCACGCCUCUAUUGGCGGGAUUGGCCAUCUCCAACCCCGAUAUCGACGGAGUACAAAGGCAAGAGUGGAAACUUGGCUUAGCCCUGGCUGGCAUCAGUGGGGUACUUUUCACUGCCAACAAUUUCCUCAUUCAAUAUUUCGAAGUGGACUCUUUGGAGAUGUUGUUAGUGCGAUCAGUGGUGCAAGUGGUGGUUUUGGGAAUCAUUGUGGCCUCGGAGAGCGGCAUUUCGGAUGUCAUGGCCGAAAUGAGCCCCGCUCGGUCAUGGUUGGUGCAUUUUUUUGUGGGUUUGCAAGCCAUUUUUGGAGCCUUUAGGCUCUACUUCAACUUCACAUGUCUCCAAUACAUGCCUUUAGGUGACGCUCUCACCAUAAUAUUCACUGAACCUCUCUUCACCAUGGUCCUCUCUCUCAUCUUUCUGAAGAUUGCCAUGGGUCCAUGGAAGAUAUUGUUGGGCAUAGGCCUCACAGCGGGCAUGAUUUUGAGCAUUCAACCUCCAUUUUUGUUUCCUCCCACUGUGCCACUUACACCGUUGUCCAACUCAAGCCAUCAUGUUCUCGUUGAAGGCAAAAUCCAACGGUCGGAGCAAUACUUCUAUGGAGCUUGCCUGGCCAUUUCGUGUGCUUUGUGUGGAGCAAUGUGCAAUAUCCUUAUCAAAAAAUGCGACGGGAUCUCAUCGACCUCUUUGGUUUUUGUGGCCGGCAUUGCUGGUAUAUUGAUCAGCGUAGUGGGAUGUGUUUUGGAUGAAACUGAUCACAUUAUUUCCUCGAUGGAGGAGCUCACUCCUAUGACGUGGUUCAUACUGUUGGUUCUCAGUUUCAUUGGCGUUUUGGCUUACCUGUCAAUGACGGAGGCUCUCAAGGCCAUAUCCCCUACUUCGGUGUCGGUACUCCGAGCGUUGGAGAUUAUCUUGGCCUACUUUUGUCAGAUCAUGUUCUUGGGUCAAUAUCCGAAUCUGACUUGCGUGGCCGGGGCCUUCCUUGUCAUGCUGAGUGUUGUUGGCAUUGCCAUCGAGGAAAAGUUACAAGGUGGCAGUCAUCGUGGACCUGCCAGGGACACUACUGGCUCGCCACUUGAGGACCCAAUUCCUAUUCCAGGGGCAGAGUAUACUUCUAUUGACACUUUACCAUCCGAGGAGUUUAGGGCUCUCGUGUGAGCCCCUUGUUCCCUGAGCAAGGACAAUCGUGAUCAACAACAACAACAACAACAACAACAACAACAACAACAACGUAUCUACGGUCAAUACUGAUUGUAGUGUAGUCUCCAGCCUCCAUUGCUCGCUCCCUUUUGUGCCGUUAAGAGAAACCGUACAGCGUCAAAACUCCCAUUUUCCUUCUCCCGAACAAUAGAAAUACGACUAGUGGUAUACAACCACCACCUGGAUGGAGGUUGAUUUUUUGUCAAAUGUCUCCGACCUCAAUGCUCAGUGUUUUGGAGCCAAAAGGAGGAACAGGAGUAACGAGGUCGGCGAAUCUAAUUCAAUCGCAAACAUGACCUGGACUGUGAUAUUGGCCCAAAGCCAAGCUUAGACUGACGUGUAAAGCCGAGUGUGCAUCAUACCUAUAUACAUUAUGAACUAAAUGUAACACUAACCUGUGGCCCAAUGAAUGGAAGAGUGGUUUUCGUUGUCCAGAGCAUUAACGUUGGCCCCUUUGGAGAUGAGGUACUUCAAUACGAGCUUGUUACCGGAUAUCACACUUAAAUGCAAUGGCGUAUAGCCUUCUUCGUCUUGAAGAUGAAGUAAGUCUGGCUCGGCUUCCAAAAUCUGUUCCACGCAUUUAAUGUUUUCAUUCUCUGCACAAUAAUGCAAAGCGCUUUUUCCAGUACGAUCCACUUCAGCAACGACGAAAGACUGAAAAGUAGAUCAUGAAAUUAUACGUGUUGAAAUGUUUGUAUUUAUGAAUUAAAUAAAUUGAAUUUCAAAAAGGUCAUAA